AUGCUAUUUAGCCAAGGAAGCGACUUGAGCAUUCAGAGAGGUGAACUGGCUUUUGUAAAGCCGAUUGAACUUCCUCCAUUAGGAGAUACAUUGAUAACUGAGCUUGCCAGAUCCUAUUGCUUGUGAAAUUUUGAUUUGAAGUGUUUUUGUCAUUGAGAAACACCAAGUCCAUUGUCACCUUGAAGUGAUGAGAUUAAGACUUGGCUCGACAUUAAUCUUCAAGAGUAUCCAAAAUUCCAAAAUGAGACUGAAGUUGACGACACUGGUAGGGCUCCAUCUGAAGGAGAUAGGACAAAUCAUCUUCAGUCAAGAUUAAUCAGGCUGUAUCAGUACUUGGUGAGAAUUGAAGAUCCUUUCAAGACUCUUGUGUUUGGAAGACCCAAAUCAAACCGUAGAACUUCAAAAAUCAGUACAAGGAGGUCUCGCUACACUGGAGUGUUCAAGAAUGGUUCGAGAUGGCAAGCCCUCAUCAAUGUUGGAAACAAGAAGACAUACAUUCAUACCUACUCAACUCAAGAAGAGGCAGCCAGAGCCUUCGAUUUGAUGUCCCUUCUCCUGAACAGAAUGAAGGCAGUGACGAACUACAGUUACUCGAAGGAAGACAUUUUUUCAUUAUUCUCAGAGUAUUCAGAUAUAGUUAACAAAUUCUGCUCAUAA